CUUCCAACGUCCAACCAACAUCUACACUCCUUCAUUUUCGGCAAUUAUUUCAGGGCCAACCACAAGAAACCCGGCAAAUAAUUCUUCGCUCGCCCAUGAUGCAACUCCUUGAUCUCGAUAUCGAAGUUCUCAAUCUCAUAAUAGUGUAUCUUCGACCAACAGAACAAAUUCUUCGAAAUAACAACCUGAACUUGGCAUAUACCUGCAAGUCAUUGUUAAAACUCGCGCAACCUUACGCCGCUGAGGCAUUCGAUGACUCCGUUCCUUCAACGAGAUACGAGCUUCUUCGACGAACAUUAAAUGAGAACGCCGAAUACGGCAAGAACGUUAAGACCUUUUCGUUUACUGUACAAGAUCCUUCCCGAGAGCAUGAAAUUUCUGAUUUCGUUCAACACUUUCCCAAUCUACGGGAGUUGAAGUGUGAAUCGGCCCUGAAGUCAUUGAGACUUGCUGCUACCAUUCUGUCGCCCAAUCUUCCAUUUCGGAGCGGCCUCCAACGCCUGACAUUGUACGAGAGUCGCAUUUCUACAAAGCAAUUGUUUGAAUUAGCAGCUUUACCAAAACUGAAAUCUUUGGACAUAGAAGAUGAUGGACCGAAAACCUCCAUAUUCGAGCCUGAGGAUGUUACAUUAGUUGGAAAUUCUGUACUCCAAUCUCUCCUGAUUGGGAGCCUUCACAUAGAUGUUUUCCUCAAACUACUUUCGUUCACAAGUUCGUUGACUGAGCUUGUAUGUCCGAUGCCAACCCCCGGUCCAUUGAAACCUAUUCAAUCCAAUAUUCCUCGCAGAAGAGCUGAGCCUAUCCGAAUACCUUAUGUCUUGUCGCCACGGAAUUUUAUGUCCCCUUUUAGGUGUCUCUCAAGAAUUUUGACGACAUUGCAUCUCAACUCUGGAGGUAUUUGGGGUAACUUUGACGGUACGCGAAUGGAUUUCAGUCAAUUUGUGGCUCUCAAAAAACUUGGAAUUUCCUCAUUGUGCUUCUUCAGUCCCCUUCCCUUAGGUUUGUCUAGGGAUGGGUUCUAUAAAUUGCUUCCACCAUCAUUAGAGGAAUUGGACGUAAGUUGGACCUCACGCACUCGAACCCGCACACUGACAAGUAUCUAGCUUUUUUUCCAGUACGAUAUCGGUAUAUUUUAUUCUCUGUGCCGUCCAGGAGAUGGGUUUGGAGUUGAGAAGACAGGACGAGCUCGAUUCGUCGCUGGGGAACUGCGGGAAUUAGAGUAUCGCUGGAUUUUAGAACUUGCUCAGUACAAAAGGGAACGACUUCGUUUUCUGGAUAGUGUCCUUAUACUGGAAGGAACAAGGCAGGUAACUUCUUUGUAUAAGUCAGAGAUAUGGACACCGCCCGCGAGUGUCGAACAUGUAUUUGCGGAGGCAGAUGUUUUCUUGGAGGUACGCGUCAGGGUGGAUCGUUGAUCGCUCCCCUUUCAGUGAGAUUUUAUGAGUCAUCACAGAGUCAGACUGAUUGUUUAUUCG